UUCAUUUCACAAACAAAAUAUCAUUCGCAGAAAUGGCUGAAUUGCUAUGUGUUCCGUUAAAGAAAUCAACUGACGUUGAUAUCGUCAAACCUUUGAAGAACCUAAUCCAUUCGACGUACAACACAGGGGAUCUCAAUGAAGACUUUACUGAAGCUAUCAAUGAGCUCAGCCGGCUUCGAACCAACGCUAUUUGGAAAGUGUUCGACAAGUCGUCGUCGCUAGACGUUCUUUACAGCUACUAUGAUCAGCUGGUAUCCCUGGAGAGCAAAAUUCCACCACAAGAGGUGCAGAUCCCAUUCAAGUGGAAAGAUGCCUUCGUCAAGGGUAUCCUGUUUGGAGGCCGGUUUAGUGUCACUGUUAGCUCACUAGCAUACGAGCGGAUGUGUAUCUUAUUCAACAUGGCGGCUCUGCAGAGUACAAUAGCAGCACAGCAGCCUCUCGACACUGAAGACUCUCUUAAACUGGCCGCUAAAAUGUUCCAGCAAGCAGCGGGUAUAUUCGCGUACAUGAAAAGCAAUAUAAUGAUGGCGGUGCACCAGGAGUCCACCCCUGAUCUCCACCUCGAAACACUACAAACGCUCUCGCAGCUGAUGCUUGCGCAGGCCCAGGAGGUCAUCGCUUACAAAUGCAUAAGAGAUGGGAUGAAAGACAGCAUGGUGGCAAAGGUGUGCUCGCAGUGUGAAGAGUUGUUCAUGGACACCAUGCGCUCGCUACAGAAGGAACAUUUACGCAUAAUCUUGGAUAGAGACUGGACUACCGCGGUACAAGCAAAACAACAAACAUUCCGCGGUCUAACCCAAUACUACCAAGCGCAAGUUUGUCGAGCGAACAAAGCCGUUGGCGAAGAAAUAGCGCGUCUACAAAUCGCUGCAGAACUAUUAAAGACUAUGAGAGAAGGUUCUCCAGUAUAUGAGCUCGGCGCGAAGGCUGCGCGUCAACUGGCGGCUGCGAUUCGCGAUAAUGACUUUAUAUACCAUGAGAGGAUUCCCGAUGCGAGGUCGUUGGAGCCAGUACCUCGCGCGCCAGUUGCUCAAGCCUUGCCGCUGCAGGAUCGCUGGUCGCCCAAACAUAAAGAUCUAUUUGAGAAGUUGGUGCCAAUGCCAGUUCAUCAAGCUAUGCAAGCCAGCUCGGCGCGGCGCGCGGACAUUGUCAACGCAGAGAUCAACAAACUAAGAGAAGCUACACAGUUACUAAACAGCAUCCUGGCAUCUCUGAACCUCCCAGCCUGUAUCGAGACAGAAGGUUCUGGAGGCGCGGGUCUGCCGGAGUCCAUCCGCAGUAAGGCCGCCGCGGUGCGCGCCGAAGGUGGCUUGCCAGCUCUGCAACGGCUCAUGGCUGAACUGCCAGAGCUGUUGCAGCGGAACAGGGAGAUAUUGACUGAGGCGGAGCGUAUGCUGCGCGAGGAGGCGGAAGCGGACGCGGCCCUGCGCGCGCAGUUCGGCGCACGCUGGACGCGCACGGAGUCCGACAAACUGACGGAAGCGAUACGCGCCAACGCGUCCAAGUACUCGCAGAUCAUAGAUGGCGCUGUCAGAGCGGACGCCAUUGUCCAGCAGAAGUUCCAGCAGCAUAAAGAUAAUAUCGAGUUGCUUAGCCGCAGCGACGGAGAGAUAGACGCAGGCGUGCCCAACGCUCCCGCCCCAACGGGUGGCGAUGGGGACAUCAUCCGCAAUCUACGCAACCUUAUGACAACUGUCGAAGAAAUAAAAUCGGAGCGCGAUUCAAUCGAAUCCGAACUCAAGAGUGCUACAAUCGAUUUACGAGAGAAGUUCCUGUCCGCACUGGCGGCGGAUGGCGCUGUCGACGAACCUGCGAUAUCCGCAGGGGCCCUUGGCGCGGCCCUGGCGCCCCUACAGCGCAGGGCCAAAGAGUCCCUCGAGAGGCAGGAGACCCUGGCUGGGGAGCUACAGAAGAGUCACGCGGCCUUGAUGGAGUCCCGCGGGGGUGCCAGCAACCGCGACGAAGUUCUCGGCAAGCUUUGCGCGGCGUACGACGCGUACCAAGACCUGACUGGCAACCUUAAGGAGGGCGUCAAGUUCUACAAUGAUCUGACUCAGCUCUUGGUGGCCUUCCAAAACAAGGUGUCUGACUUCUGCUUCGCCCGAAAGACCGAGAAGGAUGAACUCUUGAAGGACCUCACCCAGGAAGCCUCGCGCUCGGCCCAACGCCCCGCACCCGCCCCACCGCAACACUAUCAAGAUGCUGUUAAUGAACCGGUGGUUGCUAAAAAGGACCCCCCUCCGCGACCUCCCCCUCCCUCAGCUGGCCCCGCCGCACCCCCCGCCGCCGCCGCCGCCGCACCAACCGCGCUGCCCUACCCGCAACAACCACAAGGCAUGCCGAUCCCGUACGGAGUGCCUGCGUCACCUUACCCCGUGUACGCUCCGAUGCCGGCGCUCUACAACCCGUACGCCACGCUCCCGUACCCGCACCACUCACGCGUGCCGCCCGGCGCGCCCUACCAGCCCUACCAGUACCCGCAGCACCCCGCCGGCUACCCGCAACCACCCCCCGCUGGUUACAAUCCCUACCAGCAGCACUAAACACGAGAACAUCCUAGCACGCGUCACGAAAGUUGAAAAAAAAGCUUACUGCCCCCGUUACUCAAACUUACUUUAUUACUUUAUUUAAACGUUUAUAUAUAUUUUUCCUGUUUGAUAAAUAUACGUAUUCGUUAUAUUAAAGCUGAACCCACGAGGCUUUGAAAAGAAACCCACCCUAUUCAAUAACUCUUCUGACAGAUGCUCCAUACAAAGAGCAAGCCGACAUCCCUUAAUGUCAAAUUCGUUUGUACAAAGAGGACACAUUGAAAAAUUUGCAGUCUUAAGAAGAAGAUUACCGUAACAAUCUGAGCCGGGUAUUUUUUUUGCCUUUAAAAUAUUAUUAUCACUUAGAACUAGGAACCCUAAUAUAACAGUUAAUUUAAAAGUUUAUUUAAAUAUUAUUAAUGUGAGACUUUAUUUUAUUGUAGCUUAAACCUUUUCAGAUACAUCUCCAAAGAUGGCAUUUAGUUGUUUAAUACCAAAAUUUUUACGGAUUAAACUACUAAUUUUAUAUAGCCUUAUAUUCCAAGUUAAUUAUAGUUAGCAAUUAUAAGUAGCAGGAUAUUUUACGUAGAAUCCUUGCAAUCGAAUCCUUUCACAAUUCAACUUUCGUGACGCAGGACAAAACCCGAUAUUAAAAUUGCAUUAUCAUUCUACAUAUAACUUCGAUAAAAACGUGUCUUAAACAUGAGCAUUGAGCAUACUUAUAAAAGGUUUUUAGGAAUGUAAAAAGCAUUAUUAUUAUCCGUAUGGAAACAUUUUAAGAUAAACUUCAUAAAAUACUGAAAUAACUCAUUUGAAUUUUAGUGCGAGGCGUACAAGUUUAUUAUAAAGCGAUUGUGGGAUUAGUAGUAUCUGUGGCCCAAUAAAUUUUUGUCACUUGUUACUUUGACUUCUAUAGUCGUCAUAUAAUUAAUAUUUCUCGACUUUUGAAUAUCUGCGUUACUGAGAAUAGUCUCAUUUUCUUUAGCUGGAUAAACAAAUU